CUGUACAAAAUUGUAAAAGAAAAUAGAUAAGCUAUCAAACAUUAAAUCCAAAAUAGUUUUAUUUUACUUUAAACCGAAUAUGGGUUAAAUAAUUAUUAUAUAGUGUCAAUAAUUGUUAGUAUUAUUUUACUGUGUAGGGUGCACUUUUGAUUUUAAGAAUUUUUAUCUAGAAUCUAGACGUUGUUGGGGUUAUUAAAGUAAGAAAUCGUGUGCAUUUAUUGUUUGUUAUACUAAGACUCACAGUAAACGUUUUUAUGACUGUAAAGUAUUGUUGAAAACAUUUCAAUACCAAGCUAUUGUUACUGUCUGGUUCACAGUAACCUCAAAAUUUUGAAAUCCAAGAUGGACCUUAUCAGUUUAUUGGCAAUAGUGUGCUUAUUGCAUUCUGCACUUUUCUUUAUGGACUUAUUAUUUAAGAAGUGCGGCUCCUGGCGGCCACGCCUGCUCCACUGCUGGUUCACGGUCGGCUCUUGGUGCUCUCUGGGGCUGGCCCCUGCUGCCGUCUACCUCGUCGUCAAGGCCACGUUCGACAUCUGGCACCGCAACGUGGACCCGGGCGGCCGCCAUUCCUCGGUCGUGCUCGAACCAAUGAUCCCUGGCGUGAACCUGCCCAUGAGUGAUUUCUCCUACUACUCGCUGACACUCAUCACUUGCAGCGCGGUGCACGAGUUGGGCCAUGCCAUCGCUGCCGUCAGGGAGGACGUGCACGUGGCGGGCCUGGGCGUGGCGCUGGUGCUGGUGUUCCCGGUGGCGUACGUGCAGCUGAGCGGCGAGCAGCUCCGGGCCCUGCCCCCGCGCCGCCAGCUGCGUGUCACGUGCGCCGGGGUGUGGCACAACGUGGUGCUGGCCCUGGUCGCCGCCCUGGCGCUCCUCCUGCUGCCCCUGCUGCUCUACCCGCUGUACGACACGGGCAGCGGGGUGUACGUGCGCCACGUUCAGCAGGGUUCACCGGUGGAGGGCUCCACGGGACUGCGGGAGGGAGACCGCGUGGUGGCAGUCAACCAGUGUGAGGUCGGUGACACGGAGGACUGGUACUACUGCAUGCUGGGAGCAGUGCGGGACCCCAGCCCUGGCUACUGCGUGUCCUCGGAGCUGGCUCGCAAGCACGACGAGAGUGUGCCAGUGAAGCAGCUGGCUGGGGGCGGGAUAGAGUGCUGCGGGCCGGGCAGCGAACACCACCUGUGCUUUGAAUACCUGGAGCGGGACGAGGGUGCACCCCAGCUGCCUCAACACUCGUGCCUGCCCGUGCGCACGGUGGUGGAGAACGCACCCAGACUGUGCGUGCUGGGUGCCGACUGUCCACCCGAUCUGCACUGCCUGCGCCCACUGCUCGACAACGUCACGCGGCUGGUGCGGCUGGAGAGAGGUACCUCCCCUCCCGUCCUCUACUUGGGGUCUCCUGCCUCUGCCUACCGCUCGGUGCGUGUGGGCGAUUACGUACCCCUGCAUCGCGCCUUGCCACCGGGAGUUCCGGAGGCCGUGGCUCGGCUCUGCAAGUACCUGGUGGUGUUCUCGGCCGGCCUGGCCGCGGUGAACUUGGUGCCUUGCUUCUGGCUGGAUGGGCGGCACAUAGCGUGGGCCGCUUGCGAGCUGCUGCUGGGUCAGAGCAGCGAGAGACAGGCGGUAGCAGCGGCCAUCACAACUCUCGGCACUUGCUUCCUGUCGCUGUGCUUCCUCUCCAUGGCCGCUGUGGAACUGCUCUGAGCAUCCAGAGCAGUCAAUUUGCAGUAAGAUAGGUGGUAGUAGCAGCCAGCCAUCACAACCUGCCUUCUGAGGCGACUGUUGAACUACUGUCAGGGAACGAGUGGCACACUACCUGGAGCAAAAGACGAACAGUGCUCAACAACCCUCGGAACUUGCCUUCUGCUGCAGCAUAUUAUCUUUGACCACUGUGAAUUGUGAGAUGAAUGGUACUUGUAGCAGGCCACGUUGGCUUGUAACAGUGGGAGAUGGUUUGGGGGAGUGCUGUAAUGAUCCUUUAUACAUCCAGCUUAAGAGCUUCUAUCCAUGGUUCAUAAAAUAUUUCCACAAGAAUGUUACGGCAAUCACCCUUGGUUAACACGUUGUAAACAAUGUUAAAAAACCACAUUAGGUAGCCAUGUAGAAUAUUUUGUCCAAGACUUUAUGAAAAUUACCAAUAUUCUUGGAAGCAACUUGCAGUAGGAAAGAAAGGUGAAGGGGGAAAUAAAAAGGGGGGGGGGGGUUAGUAGCAGUUUAUGGGGAAGUUUUGUUAACUCUCUUAGAUAGGGUUUUAUGUUUUUUUUUCACAUCUGAAAAUUAUUAUAUCAUAUAUUCUAAAGUAUAAGAUGAGAAUUUUAUGCAGAUAAUGCAAGCUGCUGACUGUCUUACAUGAUGUGCCUUCUCCCCUCAAGCUGAUUUUUAUACUAGUGACAUCUGGCUAUUUGGCCAUGCUGCCAGGGUGAGCGGUGGUGCAGAAGAGAGAAAAAUAAACUCUUAUCACUCCCCAUAUCACCUUUCAUAGAUGUCACACUGUCAAAACCUAGAUUCUUAUCUGAAAGUGGGGUACAUAAAUGUGUAAGUUGUGAUCAUGGCUGUUACUGAGGAAAAUUCUUUUCUAUUGAACUAUUGAGAAUUGGCUAGCCUACAUACAAUGUAGUUUGAUUGUUGCUUGUGUAUGCAAGUUCUACAACUGUUUACUUUAAACAUUUUUUAUUAGGGAUGGGGCGAAUCCUGAUUUCCUCGAAUCCGAAUCCUAGCUCAAAUCCUCGACUGGAAUUGCCGAAUCUCGAACCCAAACCCGAAUCUUUUAACAGAUGAUGUCCACAUAUCUAAUGUUAAGUGAGAUGUAUUCUGCUUGCACUAAAAGUCCCUUGACUUUAUCACAUGUAGUUUGGUACAUUUCUGGUAUAGCCUAAGUGUAUAUAAAGACAAAAUUUUUUUUUUUUGAGAAAUUUCAGUUUUCGUACAGAUUAGCGGUUAGGAUUUUUUCUAUAAAUAAGCUAGAGGUCUGCGAGCCUAAGAAUUUUACUUUGAGCCGAGCUCGAGCUUUUGUGGUACAGUUACACUUUUGGGAAAUUAUUUUUAUCUUAAACUUAGUAUAAUGUUUGAAUAAAGUAUUAAAAUGAAGUGGGCUUAUUAAAUUUGGGUAACUAUUUACAGUGUGUGUUUACAUUUUGGACUACUAGAAAAAAAUAACAUUUUUUUCCAUUGAAUCUUACCUGUUUCCAUUGGUUCAUUAGUAACUGAUAUCAUCCAACUAACAUAACCCAGUAUAUGUUUGUGUAAAUGUAACAUAUCUUUGGGAAAAUUUCAUCCUUGCCAAUUUUUCUGGAGUCCUUACUGAGCUUCAACAAACUUAGCACCAAAAAUCAUGUUGUUUGAAAAGUACAUUCACAUUGUUUCAGCAUUUCCACUUUUCAGCACAAUAAUUCUGAGAGAGAUUUUCACAGAGUCUUAUUAAAUUCCGUUCUUUAAUCUAUCAUGCAGAACAAUAAUUUGUUCUGCACGUUCAGGAGUUAAAUUAGCUCUACGAUUGGAGAUAGUGUUUCCAGCAGAAGAGAAGCGUCUCUCGCUGGCAACCUGCUUGGCUGGAAUGCUUUAGUAAAAUUGCUUAACCUCUAAAUUAGUGCCAUAAAUAUCUGUAACUGGUCAUUAAAGUUUAAUCAAUUGAAAGUAAUAAAAAUAAAAGCAUUUUACUUCAUUCAAAUUACACUUGCAAAAAAAAAAAAACAUACACACACAUAAACCUACAUGGAAAUUAAAGUCUUUUUCAAUAUCCUGAAGUCUGAAAUAUGUUUACUCAUGUCAUUAAAUGUAGAGCUGUGUUGAAGAAGCCGAUUUUGCCAAUAUUUAGUUGAAUCGGCAUUUCUGCCGACUUCCGAUACAGUACGCUUGUUAAUUUUUGGCCGAUAUUACUGAAAAACAAAAGAGACUGCCAUAACCUAAAAUCCACGAGUACCAUUUUCACUUUUCGUAGUAGUACUGCAUUCUUUCACAUCGCAUUAUUUCUUAGCAACAUGUGCCAACCGUACAUAUCAAAGUUUAACAUCCUUUUUUUUUUUUUAAACAAUGUUCUUUAAUUUAAUAUGUCAUAAAUAAAUAAUACAUUACUAUCACGGUAAAUAUACAUCUCGGUUGUUACGGUAACUAUAGUGCAAAUAUGGUAGCUAUCAUGCUUCUGAAGUAAUUAUGGUAUUCUACAAAGAAUCUUUAGUUCUUAUUAUGGUAAUUAUCUUAAAAUAACUAUUGGGUUUGUACUGUAGUUAUGGUACAUCAUCCAUAUUUCUUCGUAUGUUGUUGUUCAUUUGUCUUUUCUUCAUAUUUACGUGCACCAUUAUUUGAGCCAGGAAGUUUCUGAAAAAAUUUUAACGGCGUAAAUAAUGAGACCUCGGGCAAUUUAAACGCUUUAUACGGAAAAACCUACCAUGCGGAACCUCGUAAGCGAGUUUUACUGUAUUUUUUUUCCGUAAAUAGUAAAAAACUGAAUCCUUUGACGAAUCCUAUAUCAGACCCGCCGAAUCUUCGAAUCCCUAGGAUUCGGCGGAUUCGGCGGAUAUUGGUUUCGGUUGCCCCAUCCCUAUUUUUUAUUUUUCCUUAGCUUAGAUACUUGGAUAUCUUCUAUGGUUAUGCCAUCAGAUGUGCAUGUAUACACAUGAUGGCAAUCUCUACGUUACACAAGUGUUUCCAUAUGAAAUAUCACACUAAUAUUUUUGGAUUACAUGGAUGAAAAAGUUUGUUCAUACUUCCGUGCAUAAAACCAAGAGAAACAGGCAGGCAUAGGUUAUAAGAGUAAACACAAGGGUGAAAAACAGGCUCAAGUUGGUGCAUACAUUAUAACAAUAACAGCUCUUACCAUAAUCAUCCAACGGCAGCAUAAGUUCUACUGGGUGUACACACAAUUUUAAACCUCCACAAGACAUCCUGUCAUAUAAGUAGCAGCUUAAAACUGUUCAAAUUUGCAUAAAAUAUUUAUUCAUCUUUUUUGCAGAACAUAAUGGGACAAAGUAAUUUUAAUUUGCCUGUAAUACGUAAUUGCAUUUAGUAAUGGAAAGUUUUUCUAUGUUGUUUUGUUUUAUAUGUAUGUGUAAUUACAAUGGCUGACAAACAAAGUUCCAUUCUUCAGUUAAGCUGUCACGAGGUACUUUCAAGUGAAUUUAAGAUGCAAGUUUCAUUUGGGAUACACAGUUAGUGUAAAUUUGUUGAGUGCCUCAGGACUUCAGGCAACAUUUUGGUGAAUAGACAUGUAGUGUAAUACUAAAGAUACUUUUUAUUUGUGUUUAUCAAUUUUUCCUUGUUUUGCAUACCUACAUAAUGCAUUUAUAGGAAAAUGUACAACUUCGGCUGUGAUCUCAAUUUUCUUUAUUUCAUUUUAAAUGGAACCUUAUAAUGAAAACUUAUUAAGUGAACAAGAAAUACAUUAGCAAGAAAAUGAAAAUAAAGUGAAUACUUAUUACACCAUGUAAAAA